AUUCUGUGUAUGCCGCAAUCAACAUUUGCCAAAUUUGCUGUGAAAACUUCACACGGGUGUGUGAAAUAUUGGAGAAUUGCAUCUGUGUAGAUUAAUUUUAAUUGAGCCUGUCAUUGAAUAUUAUAACUAAAACAUUAAGAAAGGGAUUGUGCUAAGCAAAUAUCAUAGGUUUUUUUUCAUUGUAAAUUAUGUCUGAACCACAAUCGUCCCUACUGUUAAAGAAACAAUUGGCAGAAUUGAACAAAAACCCGGUAGAAGGAUUUUCAGCUGGAUUAAUUGAUGAAAAUGACAUAUUUAGAUGGGAAGUACUUAUCAUUGGCCCACCGGAUACACUUUACGAAGGUGGAUUUUUUAAGGCUCACUUAUACUUUCCCAAAGAAUAUCCCUUGCGUCCACCCCGCAUGAAGUUCGUUACGGAAAUUUGGCAUCCAAAUAUUGAAAAAAAUGGAGAUGUUUGUAUUUCUAUUUUACACGAACCAGGAGAUGAUAAGUGGGGAUAUGAGAAAGCUUCCGAACGUUGGUUACCAGUACACACAGUUGAGACUAUUUUGAUAUCUGUGAUAUCAAUGCUCGCUGAUCCAAAUGAUGAGUCUCCAGCUAAUGUAGACGCUGCCAAGGAAUGGAGAGAAUCGUAUCCUGAGUUCAAAAGGAAAGUAGCACGUUGUGUAAGAAAGAGCCAAGAAGAAUGUUCGUAGAAUUCGCUUGUAUUUGUAUAUUUAUAUUUUCAAUUUGAUACCGAUCUAUAAAAAAUACGAAUCUAAUUUUCCCUUUCAUACUAUUUUAUUUUGCAUCGCAAUUUUAAUAGCUAUUUUACUGCAUUAUUUAUUACUUAAAUUAUUAAGAGUUUUAAGUUUGUGAAAAUUAUGAAUAAUUCAUUGCCAAUUUAGAAAAUUUUUCAAACACACAAAUUUCAAUAAAUCUGUUUUAAAUUCUUUAGAA